CGGAAUACCUGCUGUCAUGGUAUCACUAAGUUUGAAUAUGUUUUGAUCGAGAAGGUUCACUGACGUGUAUCAAAGUCUGUCUCGGUGCUGCUCGAUUUAUCCCCUUCGGUUUCUACGUAUGAAAUUCUCUCUGGACUGCUAUCGUCGUGGGGAUCUGAUCUACGCUAAACGCAUUCCAAAGGAAGAAUUGUGGAACAGCUCAAUAUAGAUUGCUCGGUGAAUGGCUGCGACUACAUUAAUACGAUGCAUGUAACACCUUUAUUGUUCGGGCGUUUCAUACCAUGGAAGCGCUUUCCUGGCACUAUUUGGGCUGGAAAACAGCGGAAAAUACCCCGAUUAACACACAGUCGGAAGUCCGCAUUUCUCGAUCAUAUGCUUUUGUGUGAGCAAAAUCACCGUUAUCUUCUGAACCCCUGUAUCACUCAUGAGAUAGAGGCCGCGACACUUGAAGAUGAGAGACGUCUUGAGCUCGCUCGAGAAGAUCAAAUCUUUUACGACCGAUAUGCACAGCAGUUCAAUCGGCGGUUCGUGAGUCGCAAACUGGAAGACACAUGGACUCGUUUGCUUAAUUCGAGGCGUUUUGACGUGUAAUCACUUCGACCAUCCCAUUCGAUUUAUGUCAUUGCGGCUGUUUUCGCAGAAUACAAUUUCUUCUGAUAUUCGCAUGCUUAUUAUUGACGGGCUCUUCGGUUCUUCACCACUACUUGAUGAAAGCCCAACUCGGUUUGC